UAAAAAGAGGGACAGCAUUACCCAUUUCUUUAUCGAUUUAAACACCGCCACCCACCACCGCAACCACCACCUCUACCGCCGACUCUCUCCCUCCCUCCCCCCGUCCACAUUCAUUCACUAUCUUCCUUUUCUUCACUCACUCGACUUUCAGAAGGCUGUGCGCGCUGCAAACUGCAAAGAACGAAAGGACGAAAGCUAAAGCGAAAGUCGUCGCCGGUUGAUUCUAGAUCUGAAUCACCGUCUUUCAUGACUGCUGAUUUUGAUAUGAAUUUUGCCUUGAAAAAAUCUCUCCUCCAUUUCUCAUAAUUCUCUCUUGGAUUGCUGAGUUUCAAGUAGUUAGUGAAGAUCAAAAACUUCUACAUCGUUCUCUGUGGAUCUGAUAACGAAUCUCGCGUUGCGUUGUCCUGAACUAUUCUGAGUUCUAAAUCUGGUUAAAAUCAACUUCCAACAAUGGGGAAAGCAGGAAGAGAUUGGACUCAGAUCUAUGCAAUAUAUGGCAUGGAAGAUUGGCACACACCGAUUUUUCUCUUGAUCCAUGCGAUUGUCUUCUCCGCUUCAUCACUCGUAUUCCUUCUAUACUUCAACUGGAUCUGCUACUCCUUCGAAUCAAUCCUCCCGUCAGUAUUUUCAACCAGUAUCGCCAGAUUCGCCGCAGGAUUCACCGGCUCCGUCACAGCUCUCUCCGCCGUCUGCCUAUUCUACGCCGCCGGCAACAUGUUCUACUCCUCCGUCGCCCUUCGCUGGGACAUGGCCCAACGCAUGGUCAGCGCCGUCCACGACUGGUCCACCGUGAAAACCGUACUCGACGUCGGCUGCGGUCGCGGCAUCCUCCUCAACACCGUCGCAAUGCAGCUCAAAAAAGAAGGCAGCUCCGGCCGAGUCGUCGGGUUAGACCGUAAAAACACGACUUUAUCAACCCUAAGGACGGCAGGAAUGGAAGGCGUACAGGAAUACGUGACCUGCCGUGAAGGAGACGCGCGUAGGCUACCAUUUCCGGACAACUACUUCGACGUGGUGGUGUCGGCGGGGUUUGUUCACAAAGUCGGGAAGGAGUUCGGGCCGAAAACAGCGGCGGCAUCGGCGGAGAGGAUGAGAGUGGUGGGGGAGGUGGUGAGGGUGUUGAAAGAAGGCGGAGUAGGGGUGGUUUGGGACAUGGUUCACGUACCGGAGUACGUUCUCCGGCUACAAGAACUGAAAAUGGAGGAGAUCAGAGUAUCGGAGCGGGUAACGGCGUUCAUGGUGAGCAGCCACAUCGUGUCGUUCCGGAAACCCAGCCAUCAGCACGUGAUGGGUCCCACUGAAGUGAGAUUGGAUUGGAGAUUCCACAAUAUCUGUUGAAUUAUUUAAUCCGGAAAAAAAAAAGAUAAAAAACAAUAUCCACUAAGCUUAUUUUAAUAGAAAAUAUUUUAUAUACGUAUAAAUAAUAAGAUAUAUAUAUAAUUAUAAUUAACUAAUUAAUAUUAGAGUUUGAUGUGUUAGGAAAAUACGAGGAAUGUAAAAGGUCUGGUGAAACAAAGUGGAACCAGAAGUAUGUUGUUUGAAUUGUAAUUUAGUUUAUUGAAAUAUAAAUAAGAACAAAAUUACAAGUUGCUUAUA